AUGAGAAGUGCAGGGACUAAUUCACAGUUCGCCAAACGCUGUUCGGAUGUCAGUACAUUUCGGGAAAUCCUUUCUAAAUCUCAUAAUGUGAUGGUUUUGACUGGUGCAGGGAUAAGUGCUGAAAGCCAUGUCCCAACUUUCCGAGGAUCUGGUGGAUUGUGGAGGGACUUUUCUGCCCAGAAUCUUGCAACUCCUGGCGCUUUUCGGUCAGAUCCUGGGCUAGUAUGGGAAUUUUAUCAUUAUCGGCGCGAAUUGGUUCGUACUAGGCAGCCUAAUGCCGGACACUUUGCUCUUGCUUAUGCUGAGAAGCAGUACACUGAAUGUGGCCGAUCAUUUCGUGUGAUUACACAAAAUAUUGAUGGUCUGCAUACAAAAGCCGGAAGUCACAACGUAUUAGAGAUACAUGGAAAUCUUUAUAAAACACGAUGUUUGGAAUGUAAUGAUGUCCGGGAGAACCGUGACAGCCCAAUAUGCCCAGCAUUAUUAGGUCGUGGUUCACCAAAAGUUGAAGUACAAGAAUACAAACCAAUCCCAGCAUCACAGUUACCACGCUGUCAAAAUAUGGUUGGCGAGAAAACAUGUGGUGGUUUGUUAAGACCUCAUGUUGUUUGGUUUGGUGAAAAUCUUGACCCUGAUAUUCUUUCUAAAGUUGAUGAAAUUAUGUCAAAUACUGAUGUUUGUCUGGUUGUCGGUACCAGUGCUGUUGUAUAUCCAGCUGCAAGUUUUGCUCCAUCUCUAGCUCGUAGAGGUGUUCCUGUCGCUGAAAUCAACAUAGAAGUUACCCCAUCAACGGAUUCAUUACAGUUAGUCUCUUAUUUAAAUUUGUUUUCUAUAUGUAUAUGCGAAUUUCCUGGAAUUAUAUUAUCCACUAUGUUUUAUAUUUAUGUGUAGUGUUUAUUUUUUUUUGUAUUAUCGACGAUAGUUUUACUAAAUCAUUCAGUUAUUCUAUAUUAUUUUAAAAGUUUACUUCAUCUCAACUCAAUCGUUGAUGAACAGGUGAGCGUUCAUUGUAGGUUCAUAAUUAUAAAAGCUGUUUUUCAUGUGGUUGUGUUCUCUACGCUCGAUAGUUAAUUCGCAAAGCUUUCAUUGCCCUACUAGGCAACAUCUUCAGCGCAUACUUCAAUUAAAAGUGACUUUUUAGAUUCUUUUUAAUGAUCAUAAUAAUAAUAAUAAUUUUGCCUUAUUCCAGAAACAGUACUAGUGUUACAGUGUGGAAUUUUCAGCACAUAUCUACAAUAUUGCAUCUAAUUUUAUCAAACAUUUAAAGGAGUAUUUCAAAAAAUAAAUAUAAAAACAACGACAACAACAAAAACAAAAGAAAAAACACAAAAAUAAUAAAAGAAUGCGAAACAAAUACCAAGAAGUAGAAAGGAAAAUAAACAACAUAAUAUAUAAUAUCUCAGUAUUGGGUAGUGGAAGCUAUAAUAUGUUUAUGCGUGGUGACAGUAAAGAUAUAAUCAUACAAGAAGUUAUGAAAUGAUGUUUAAGAAUGUUUAUCGCCAAGAUGAUCAGUUAAUUUGAUUGAACAACACUAAACAAUCAUAAAAUAACGUUUUCAGGGGUUUUUAUUGUCAGCUCUAAUGCGGUGUUUGUAGUGGUAGUGUGAGUAAUCCAGCACAAUACAAAAUUUUAAGAUGGUGAUAAUAGCGUUCACGACCAAGAUUGUCAGUUCAUAUUGCCGAA